CCUGGCUUGGGGCGCAAGGUGAUUUACUCAUUGCCGCAGGUUUCAGGGUUGGUUUCCAGAAAUACCUUGGGUGCAGCAUUCGUUGCUACAAGAAACCUCCAUGCCUCCAAAGCUUGCUUUCAGAAAACUGGUACUGCUGAAGUAUCCUCUAUUCUUGAGGAGCGUAUUUUGGGAGCUGACACCUCUGCUGAGUUGGAGGAGACAGGCCGUGUGCUCUCAAUCGGUGAUGGGAUUGCCCGUGUGUAUGGGCUGAGGAAUGUCCAGGCUGAGGAGAUGGUGGAAUUCUCUUCUGGACUGAAGGGUAUGUCCUUGAAUUUGGAGCCAGACAAUGUUGGUGUUGUCGUAUUUGGUAAUGACAGACUGAUCAAGGAGGGGGAUGUUGUGAAGAGGACUGGUGCCAUUGUGGAUGUUCCAGUUGGGGAAGAGCUGCUGGGCCGUGUUGUAGAUGCUCUCGGCAAUCCAAUUGAUGGGAAGGGCCCUGUUGGAUCUAAGAUACGUAGGAGAGUUGGCUUGAAGGCCCCUGGGAUCAUUCCCAGAAUCUCUGUGCGUGAGCCUAUGCAGACUGGGAUUAAGGCUGUGGACAGCUUGGUGCCCAUUGGUCGUGGCCAGCGUGAGCUGAUCAUCGGUGACAGGCAGACUGGGAAAACUUCCAUUGCAAUUGACACAAUAAUCAACCAGAAGCGAUUCAAUGAAGGAACGGAUGAGAAGAAGAAGCUGUACUGUAUAUAUGUUGCAAUUGGCCAGAAGAGGUCGACUGUAGCUCAGCUGGUGAAGAGGCUUACUGAUGCAGAUGCCAUGAAGUACACUAUUGUGGUGUCAGCCACAGCAUCUGAUGCAGCACCCCUUCAGUAUCUGGCUCCCUAUUCAGGCUGCUCCAUGGGGGAAUUCUUCAGAGACAACGGGAAGCACGCGUUAAUCAUCUAUGAUGAUUUGUCCAAACAGGCUGUUGCCUACCGCCAGAUGUCUCUGCUGCUGCGUCGUCCACCUGGUCGUGAAGCCUACCCAGGUGAUGUGUUCUACCUGCACUCUCGUCUGCUGGAGAGAGCAGCCAAAAUGAAUGACUCCUUUGGAGGUGGCUCUUUGACUGCCUUGCCUGUCAUUGAGACUCAGGCUGGUGAUGUGUCUGCUUACAUUCCAACCAAUGUCAUCUCUAUCACCGAUGGACAGAUUUUCUUGGAAACUGAGUUGUUCUACAAAGGUAUCCGUCCAGCCAUCAAUGUUGGUCUCUCUGUAUCCCGUGUAGGCUCUGCUGCUCAGACCAGGGCUAUGAAGCAGGUGGCAGGUACCAUGAAGCUGGAGUUAGCUCAGUACCGGGAGGUGGCUGCCUUUGCCCAGUUUGGCUCUGACCUGGAUGCUGCCACGCAGGAGCUGCCGAACCGCGGUGUGAGUUGUGAUGGAAUGAGUGUUCUCUUUCCUGCAGUUCCCAUGGCUAUUGAGGAACAGGUUGCAGUCAUCUAUGCUGGUGUAAGAGGUCACUUGGACAAGCUGGAACCCAGCAAGAUCACUAAAUUUGAGAGUGCUUUCCUAGCUCAUGUGCUGAGCCAGCAUCAGGCCCUCCUCUCCACAAUCAGGACCGAGGGGAAGAUCUCUGACCAGACGGAAGCAAAGUUGAAGGAAAUAGUCACAAAUUUUCUGGCUACUUUUGAGGCAUAAAUGCUUUAAAACUGUUCAAACAGACACGGCUGUUGUGAUCCUGUUCUCCAGUUCCAUCAAAGACUAAAGUAUGUGCAACUUGAAUGUACAGAUCUUAAUGCGAAUAAAAGUUCCCAUGUGAAAAAGCUUAUGGGCUCUGUUCUGAAUG